GUCAAUCAUUAAUUCAUCACAGUUCCACUAUGGUGCCUGGAUGCCCAACACUCCAACCUCCAUGCAACUUCCUUCCACCAACCAAGAAGGGGAAAUCAAGCGAGGCCACCAUGCUGCAGACCCUCCCUGACGUCAACGUGACAGUUCAUGGAAUAGCCGUCAUGCAUCUUCUCAGCAAGCAGUCCACUGACUUUGUCCCUCUGGGCCACUACCCAGACCAGCGCUUCUGUGAGGAGAUUCCCUGCAAGCUGAUUGAGGGCUUUCAAGGAGAGCUUGAAGUGCUAAGUGAAGUCAUCAAAGUCAGAAACGAGAGUCUGGAUCUCCCAUACACAUACAUGGCGCUGACUGUGGUGGAAAACAGUGUGGCUCUUUGAAAACAUGUGUGAGCCAAAAUCCAGCUUCAGCUUUAUCCAAAGUGAGAGGAUCAAAUAUAAUGAAAAAAAACUAAUGCAUGUGAUCAUUGUUUGCUUUUUCUGGAUAUGUAUCGCUUUAAUCUUUCAAUCCUAGCAAACAUGUACCAUCUAAAAUCAUAAUCACUGUUAGUUACUUAUCACAAUAUUACUGUUGGAAACAUUUGAUUUUGCUUUGUUUGUAACACUUAAGAAGUCAAGUGUGUCUCAAAAUUACUGUUCACUGUAUGCUGUGUUUUCUGGAUUCAAAUGUGUAACCUCGGGGUGCACUACACCAUGGUGUUUAUCCUUUGAUGCUUAUAAUAAAGAACUGAUUAAUAACAA